AUGUCGGAAGCCGAUCAGUCGCUCAGCUCUUGGCUACUGCCGCUGCAAUCCUCGGAGUGUUCAGUAGUAAAGAAGACCUCUUUUGAGCAGAACGGAGAGAAGACAAAUCACAGAUUGCCCCCAAGAUUGUCCAAAAGCCAAAGUUCCUCUAUUCUACCUCCUCCUCACUUAAAUUCUAAAGGUGAACAUGAGCAGCAGAUUCUAGAAGUCGCCAACAAAAUGGGUGUCCUGCUGACAGGAGAGAACAAAGAGCUGAUAAAUAGGACAUUUGAAUUUAAAGUGGAAGAAGAAGAAGAAAUGGUGAUGGUAUCCAAACAAGCAAAAUCGUCUUUAGAUAUAAAGACAGGUGGACGCGAUCUUCUGAACUCUUCAGAGGGACAUUUAAUAUCCUCUCCAGUUUUUAAAGUGGAAGAAAAUGGCGCCUUGCACAUCUCUCCAAGAGUCAGCCCUGUUCAUGAAAAUCUACAUCACGGGCAUUAUUGUGCAGAUACAUCAAUGGAUCUUCCUAAUCCUGAUGGAUCUCCAGAUGUUCAUCAGAGAUUGCUCGGUGUAGAUCGAUCACCAGAUCCAUCCAAUCCCGAGGAAUCUUCCUCCGAUCUUUCCGAUACGGGUACAAGAGACAAGAAUCGGCUUUCCUGCUCUCAAUGUGAUAAAUGUUUUAGUAAGAAGUCUCAUCUUACAUUACAUGAGCGGACUCACAAACCCGAAGGUCCGUUUCCAUAUUCAGAAGUCGAGAACGGCCCAGCAGAUCGGUCUCCGUUGUUUCCACAUGAAGGACAUCCUACAACAGGGUGGCCCUAUUCGUGUUCGGAGUGCGGGAAAUCUCUGAAAACAAAAUGUGAACUCCGUGUACACCAGAGAACCCACACCGGCGAGGAGAUCUUCUCCUGCACCGAGUGCGAUAAAUCCUUCACGGCAAAGUCACAACUGAAAAAACACCAGAAAUAUCACACCAGAGAGAAGCCCUUCUCGUGUCCCCAGUGCAAAAAGUCAUUUAUGGAGAAAUCUCAGUUUGUGGCGCACCAGAGAUCUCACAGCGGGGAGAAGCCCUUCUCCUGUAACGAGUGCGGGAAACCGUUCGCAACCAAAUCGCAUCUUGUUAAGCACCAGAAAGUUCACACCGGUCUAAAACCCUUUCCAUGUUCUGAGUGCCCUUUGUCCUUCACCACAAUAUCUGACCUCGUCAAGCACCAGAGAGUCCACACCGGUGAGAAGCCCUUUUCAUGUUCCCAGUGCGGUAAAUGUUUCUCACAAAAGGGAAACCUCAUUACUCACCUGAAACGCCAUACCGGUGAAAUGCCCUUUUCGUGUUCAGAGUGCGGGAAGUGUUUCACUUCAAAUGGACGCCUGCUUACACACCAGAGAAGCCACACGGGCGAGCGUCCUUUCUCGUGCCCAGAGUGCGGGAGAAGCUUCACUCAGGAAGUGAACCUUCUGAGACACCAGAGAAGCCACAAAGGCGAGCGUCCCUUUUCCUGCUCCGAGUGUGGGAAAUGUUUCACUGAGAAAGGAUAUCUGAUUGUACACCAGAGAAACCACACAGGCGAGCGUCCGUUUGCGUGCUCGGAGUGUGGGAAGUGUUUCACGCGGAAGGGAUACCUUCUUACACACCAGAGAAGUCACACGAGUGAGCGUCCUUAUUCGUGUUCAUUGUGUGAGAAAAGCUUCACUCAGAAGGUACACCUUCUCACACAUCAGAGGACUCACACCGGCGAGCGCCCUUUUUCCUGUCCAGAGUGCGGGAAAUGUUUUGCAGAGAAAAGAUACCUUCUUGUACACCAAAGGAGACAUGCGGUCAAGCGUCCUUUUUCGUGUUCAGAGUGCGGGAAGUGUUUUAUGAGGAUAAAAUAUCUUCUGGCACACCAGCAAAGUCACUUGAGUGGGCCUUCUUUUUCAUUUUCAGAAGCAAACACAAACAUACCGUGA